CGUAACUCCCUGUGGUUCAGAUGUUAACACUAAUUUGUAGAAUUAGUUACAUGGAGAACAUGUUACAUUUAUGGGACAAAUGGGGAAUCUGAGAUCCCUUUUCCAAAUCACAGGGUCUGUCUCUCUCCGAGCAUGUGGGAAGUGAAGCAAAGUGGCAGGACCAUCCGACUUAACACAUUCGGGGCAUUUGGAACAACUGUGGGGAAAACAGGCUCCCUGGUCAAUUUCACACUUCCGCUAUACAUUUCAAAAAACGAGGUGUGACUCUGCCACUGGAUUUUGAGAAGACCUCGAGAGGGCUAAAUGCCAGGUAUUCUGUGAACUCCCUGCCUUAAAGGAGCUUUCUGUUUCCUGAUAUGUUUGCUGUGGGGAAUCCCAAUCUGCUCAGUUAAAGCAAGGGCUUUAAACUUCUUGAAGGAUAUUCCCUGCUGACUAAGGCUCUGGGUUUACCGGAGCUGCUGGCCUUUGUCAUUCUGAGGGUAGGCAUACUGGAGGGGCUCUGCACUCUAGAAAACCCAGGGAAAUUUGCUAGAGAAGAAGGAAACUGACAUCCACUGGGCGCCUGUUGUGUGCCCUCCUUUGGAGAGCCCUAUGAAGUAAGAGCCAUCAUUGUCUGCCUUUGACAGACAAGGGAAUCCAAGCUCAGAGGGGUUACCUGGUCCCUAGGCCUUGCUGCUUCUCCAACAGUACACCCCAUCUGCUCUGAAAUAUCUUGGAAGUCUUGGCAGGGGGGAGGAAGGCCCUCUGGGUCCCCUGCUACUCCCCGCAGGCCCCUCGGCCGCCACCUCCUUGCUCCAGAUUCCCCAGGUUUGUUUUCUCUGGCUCUCUCAUUAAUGAGUUCCACAGGACAAUGCUAAGUCUAGUUAUGCAGCCUUAAUUGGUUUAGUUACAACAAGAUAAUUCCUUUUUUCUUCUCUUGGAGGCCUUUCUGUUUAAAGACAUUUUAGCUGGAAGAUGCUAAUUAUCAAUGAGGAGAAAGUGACACCUGAAGAGUUCAUUUUCCAUCUUGGUCCUUGGUUUCUCCUUUGAACUCCCUCUCCCCAGCCCUCUUUCCCACUUCAUCACUUCUCCCCCACCAUCAUAAAAGAGAGCUCUGUCCUGGCUGGGCGGCAGAACUUUCUUUCUCACUUGCCAGGGAGUCAUUCUCUCUGCAGCUGUCUCGCAGGCAUGGACAACCUGCGUGAGACCUUCCUCAGCCUUGAAGAUGGCUUGGGCUCCUCUGAUAGUCCUGGGCUGCUCUCCUCAUGGAACUGGAAAGACAGGGCAGGGCCCUUUGAGUUGAACCAGGCCUCUCCCACUCAGAGCCUCUCUCCGGCUCCCUCCCUGGAGUCCUAUUCUUCUUCUCCCUGUCCAGCCGUGGUCAGACUGCCCUGUGGGCAUGGAGAUGCCAACAAUGGGGGCAGUGAUGUCUGCAGCAGCCUUGGCACUGGUGGCCUGGUGGAGGUGGACUACAAUAUGUUAGCUUUCCAGCCUGCCUAUCUGCAGGGCUCUGGUGGCCCUAAGGCCCAGAAGGGCACCAAAGUCAGGAUGUCUGUCCAGCGGAGGCGGAAAGCCAGCGAGAGGGAGAAGCUCCGGAUGCGGACCUUGGCAGAUGCCCUGCACACCCUCCGGAAUUACCUCCCACCUGUCUACAGUCAGAGGGGCCAGCCGCUCACCAAGAUCCAGACGCUGAAGUACACCAUCAAGUACAUCGGAGAACUCACAGACCUCCUCAACAGUGGGAGGGAGCCUCGCUCCCAGAGUGCUUAAGCUCUGCCCCAGGAACUUGACUGGGGCAGCCCUCCGGGUGGGGGCAAAGGAGCUUCAAAGACCUGGACUAGCCUAUGGAACAACAGCACGUAGUGGUUUUUAUACAGCAAGUGUGCUUACCUUGUUGUCUGAAAAGUUCUAAGGGAAUUCCCAUUGGACUUGUUGGAACUACCAGAACACUUAACUGCCAGGCAAGCAGGUACUUUUGCUUCCAGUUUUCCCAACAUUUCUCAGGAGACUUGCCCUUUGCAAAGAGACAGAUUACUCUACCUUUCUCUGUCUGUUCAAGGUACUUAAAAGGGCUAAUGGUUUUAAAUGCAGUUUUUCAAUAAUGUAAAAUUGUUGUAAUUAAUCUUCUGUUGUCAUUUUGGCAUUGGGAGUUUUUUGUUGCUAACUAAACCUGUAUUUUGUACAGGAUCCAGUGUGACACCUGGAUUCUUGUUUAGAAAGAUUUUUGUCCAGGAAAGGGCUAUAGAGCUCUUGUUUUAUUUUGUCGGUAUGCUUCGGGGUGUGUACAUGUGUGUGUGACUGAAAUCAUGCCUUUACUUGUGCAGGGACAAAAAUCACUUAAAUGCAGAAAGAAUGAGUGUCAUGGUAAAUAGAAAGUCGCAGACAGACAGGCUACAUUAAGACACAUUGAAGAGUCUAAAGGCCAGCGCCUCCUCUCUUAAGUCAACAAAAAGAAAGCUCUAUCCACUAAGUGUAGGGAAUAAGGGGAUGGAAGGAGGAGGAAGAAGGGAGGCCCCAGCACCACGGGAUGUGGCUGAGCAGGGCUGGGAAGGCAGGAGCUCCCUGUGCCCUGGCUGGUCUGAAUAUGGCCUCACUGGAUUCCUUCACUUACUCAUUUCUCAAGUGAAGAGAUUGGUUCAAAAAGAAUAGGAGACUAUUUUAAUUCUAUAGACAAGUGAAAAGGGUCAGAAUUAGAACUCAGGUCUAUUUAACCCCUCCACAUGUGUUUAUUUCUUCACCCACAACAUCUUCCCCUCCUACCACCCCCAAAUCACCCUACAUGCACCCAUACACACACCCCCCUCCUCUUCACUGUGCCUCAUCUUAGGGUGGGUGACUGACUGUAGCACCCUCAGCUUGGCUAAUUUGAUGGCACAUGGCACCAAACAGGGGGCUUUGAAUUAAGGAGGUUCUCAAAAGCUAGCAGGCUUUUUUUAAGGCUGAGUCUUUCUCCCUCUGAUUAUUAACCAUUGGUGUUUGUUUUUCAAUGAAUUGUCUGCUCAUGACUGCAUCACUUUUUUUUUCUAUUGGUGGUUUUUCUUCUUUUUGGGACAAAUUAUAAAGGCAGUAGAUGUGUUCACAGUUUAAUGUAUAACUUCUCCACUUUUUUCCCUUGCUGAUACCAACAUAUACAAAUAAACAUAAGCAAAUAUACAUUUUUUAAGAAUAUCUUUAAUUCUACAAAUCGCUUGUUUUUUCUACUUAGCAAUAUAUACUAAAAGUCCUUCCAAGGUAGCACAAAUAAAUCUGUGAUGUAAGUACCAUUAGUACUUGAUUAUAUUGAUGAGGAAAUUGAAGCACAGACUUGCCCUGAGUCACACAUGUGAAAAUCGUAGUGGAAAGUGGAGGCUCAAACAGUGUUCCAUAGCACAGGGUGCAUAGUUUGUUUAAUGAAUCACCUUUUGAAUGAUAUUUAGGUUGUUUUCAGUUUUUCAUUCCAAAAAAUACUAUAAUAAACAUCACGGACAACUAGCUUUUUAUCCACUGAUAUUGCCAUUAGCCUGAAAAUUUCCCCAAAAUGGGAUUCCUGGUUCAGAGUGUACUCACAUUUUAAAUUUAAAUAAAUAUUGUUAGAUGACUUUUAUAAAAGUUUGUAGUUAUUUGCACUCGCCCUAACAUCCUGUGGCAGAACCAGCGGCCCCACAUUGCCAGUGGAUAUUAUCAAUCUUAUGAAAUUUUUAAUGGAUAAAAAAUGGUUAUGUCACUGUUGUGUUAAUUUUAAUUUCCCUCUGUACCAUUGGAGCUGGCGCAACUUUUUUAUUUUACGUGACUACUAUUCAUGUUGGUUCUUCUUCUAUAACUUGUCAGUUUAUACUCUUCGCCAUUCUUCUUUAGGUUAUUUAUUUUCCUGUUAAUAAUUUGGGAGAGUUC